AGUGAAGCGUGGGUUUGUUGGGGGUGUGUGUGUGCGUGGUGUCCAUGGAGACACAGUGCCGCGUCCAUUCACUUGUGUAGUUUUGUGGUUUUCAAGGCAACACAAUCCUGCUGCUGCUGCGACGGGUCUGGAAUCUGCACUUUCUCCUGAAAGGCUCGAUGAAUCCGAACAUCUGCAGCUCGAGAAACGGCGUCAAAUAAAACCAAAGCGACCUCCUCUUCCUCAACAUCACAGAUGAGUACUGACCUCAGUACUGACGCCAGCUCACUGACAUGAGCUGCAGUAUGUAAACCUCUGUAGUCAUGACUCUGAGAGUGGACCUCGAUUCAGAGUCAGAUGAACAAGGAAAUAUGUGGAGGCUUGUCCUGCCGGCCUGGAUUCCAACACCUCCAAGUUCUUCAUCUUUAUGACCAUGUCAACCGUGAGACCAGCGAUACCAAGACCAAUCAAUCAGUCGAUUAAGUAUAUACGGUUCUGAUUCAAGUUUUAUUUUGUAGUUCUAGCCAUGGUUAGCUAGCCAGCAAAGAAGCUAGCUAGCUAACAGCUAGUUAGUAUUGCACACAUUUCUCAUGGAUCACCACUUCACUGCUGAGGAAAUGGCUGCUGCUUCAGGGAUUGAAGAUGAAACUUUCCCUGAGAUGGGCUUCACAGAAAGUCCUUCACAGUCUUACAGCAGCCCCAUAAGCCCCAGGUCCAGUCCUCGUCCUCAGAAGUCUGAAGAGCAGGAGGUGAAGAGGCCUCACACAGCGUCUGUGUUUCCUGAACAAGUAACUCGGGUCUAUGACAGACCUUUGAAUGGAUCCGUUAAGUCAGAUUUGUGUCCUGAAGCUUCACAUCCUGUGAUUUGGACCCUCAGCGGAUUAGAGUCUCUAAAAUCCAAACCCAGUCCCGACAGAGAGCUGAGGACAGCUGAAGUCAAUGAGUCCAGAAACGUGCCUCUGACUUACCCCAUUCCAGACUUCUCGAAGGUAAAGCCCAGGGUCCGUCUCCCUAUAGGUGAUUACCGUCCCCCUGCGAGCAGACCCUCCUCCAUUAGGGAAUCCCUGUCCUCCCACAUAAUGUUCAUGUCGACAGCUGACAUUGUGAGGGAAGUACUACUGAACACCACUGAGGGAUCCAUUGACCCAUCUGCACCAAGCUCCUCUGUGCCUCAGGACUUCAGAUGCCGACAGGAGGCCAUCACACUGGUCGAGCAGCUACAGGAGGACCACAACAGACUGCUGACUAAACACGCUGAGGCGAACAACACCAUUGAUCGUCUGCGACUGAAGGCAAAGGUGGACCUGUACUCUGAGCCUCCACAGCCCGGCCACUCGGUGCAGUCGGGACUGAGCAACAACUCCUCAAAGGUCAUGACCUUGGACUUUCCUCGGGCUCAGAGAGCAGAGAUCAACUCAGGUUCUCUUCAUUCAGACGGACACAGCGCUCCUCCAAGCCCCUACGUGGGAGAGCAGCUGGCCGAGAUUCUCCACACUCAGUCUGACAAGUUCCUCCAGCAGCUGCAGAUUUAUGAAGAUCUCCUGAGGAGAAAACAGCUCAAACCUUCUGAACAGAUCAGGGGCCUCGCACAGCUUAACAAGGGGCUGGACUCUUUAGAAAGGGGGUUCCUGUUUGCCAGGGAGGAGCACAAACUCCUGCAGCAGAGAGGAGAAGACGUCGGCCCCUUUGACCAAGAACGAGAGCUGGGGGGGCUGAUCUUCCAGUGUGGAAUGCGUAUGGAUGAGCUGAAGGAGCAGGCGGAGCAGAUGAGACAGGACCAGCCCACCUGUGAGGCUCCUCCCUCUCCGCCUCCUCACCCCACCCCUCCGUCUGCUCCCUCUGAAGAUGGGAGAUGGAGUCUCCCACAGAGCCCACAUAUGCCUCUGCUGGUGGGUCCAGAAAGUGCAGCAGAGCUGGAGGCGAGCCCAGCCAGUGGAGAAGGUGACGAUGAGGAGACUGACGACGAAGGAACUCUGAAAUGUCAGUAUCUUAAACCUCUGACUGGAAAACACAGACGUGCUCAACAAGACUUUGCUGCACUAACUGAUCACUAUGGAAGCUUCAAGGAACUUCCCAGAACAUUUGAAUAUAACCUCAGGGAAGCAGCUUUCUUCUCUGGGGCUUUAGGAAGCCACGAGCGGCCUGGAGUCGAUGAGACAGAGAGACAAAGGAUUGGAGACAUGGAUGAACAGAGGAUACCAGAACCACACUCUGAGGAAUCUCCUGCUGGCAGCAGAAAGCAGCGGAGCAGAAGGUCCUGUCCAUCUUCACAUGCAGCCACGAGUCCACCCGCCUCGCUCCCCGUUCAUCCGCGGGCUGGCCCCAGGAGGGCAGCGAGAGAGAGGGUUCACAGUAGCAGCCUGAGCAGCCUUGGAGAGACUCCUGCAUCGGAGAGGAGGAACUCCAAACUCCAACCUGGGAGCAGCAGAACACUUAACCAGCCAGAUGGUGUCAUAUCUCCAGAGACAGACAGCGGGUUUAUUGGUUCAGAAACCUGCCAUCUGACUCCCCCAGCUGGCCCCAGUCCUCUCCACCAGGGGGCGUCUCAGAGCUAUUUAGUCCAUCAGGACGGGAACACAAGGACACCUCAGACCAUCUCAGCAUCGUCUCCUCCUUCCUCACCGAUACGCCGGCACACAGCUGCAGAGUCCAGAGGGGCCUCCUGGGCCCUCAGCCCCGAACCGACGAGCAGAGCCCGACAGAGGAGGCGCGACUACUCCUGCUCCCCACAGGGCUGGGUCGGUCAGACAGAGAGAACCAGGGCCGACAGAGGAGCCCGACUGGAGAGUGACAGCACUCACACUGUGUCUGAGGACGGACAGAGUGACCAGUUUGCAGGAUCCCUCAGCUUCCAACCAAGCUCCUCCCCCACAUCACCACGUCACCAUGGCAAUUCUCUCAGAGCUCUGGGACCCAGAGUCGUGGCGGAUCGCAAUGCACUUCGGACUCUGGAGGCCCAGGUCAUCAGACUGGAGGAGAUAAUGCAUCACCUGUUGAAUAAGACAACUCUGAGCUCUGUGAGAGCAGGUCCAUCAGCUCUAGAGAAUCACACUCACCUCUACACAUCCACACCUCGCAGCAGGCCUGAGGAGAGAUGUCAGAAUAACGUCAGGAAGGGAAGAAGAGAAAGACAAAAGGCUGAAGACGUGGAGGAGUGUAUACUGAGACCAACGGCCAUAGAGAGAUCACCCUGUGUGGACUGGCGACCACCACAAAUUGACAUCUGCACAGGUUCAGAUCCGGAGCCGUUUACAUCGCAGCCUCGGCCUCGGAUAUCCAGAUGCACUCAAACAUCCUCUGCAGCACCAGGCAGCUGCUGCUCAAUCACUAAUACUGUCCAGAGCAAUGAAACACACCCGAGGCAGCUUCCAGCCGAGUCUAUUCAAGAGUCAAACACAGCAGAUGAACCUGACCUCAGAAAUCCUCCACCUCCUGUUCUUUGUGUCAAAUGUCUGUCACGUCUCCGAGGACAAUCUGCUCGUCCAACUGGUGGCAGCAGCGAGUCGACCCCCACCCCCUCCUCCUGCUCUCAUCACUGUCCUCUCUGUGGAUGUCUUCAGCCGAACAGAGACACUAAGACAGACUGUCACAGAGACGCCGCCCCACGCUCAAGCUACCAAUCAGCCAAGUCCCCGGACAGAACGGCGAGGAGAGGAUACCACGCGGCUCCUCCUACUCCGCCGCAAUGCAUGCUGGUCGGCCCGCCACUUCUUCUGUACUCACAGCCCGUCCACGUGUCUCCGAGCAAAAACCCCGGCACAUCCUCAGGGGUCAGAGGUCAUAAGGAGUCGAGGGGGAGGAUGAGACGCUCCAGGUCUGUCGAUGGGCAGAUCUCCUUGGACGUCUCGCUGGACAGAGCCAUCAGAGCUGCUCAACACAUGAGACUGACCUCCAGACACAUGGCUUGCUCUCUGGCUACUGGGCUGCAGUUUCAGGAACGGCUGACUCAGUUCUCAAGACGCUAGCCGAACUCACCUCAGAGACCGAGCAACGAUAACUCACAAGACACGAGCUGAAUGAAGGACCUCAUUGAAUAAGACUCAAAAAGAAUCUGAAAUCUUCCUCUUCUUUGUGGAUUCUCUUUGGUUUCAACGUUUAUAGAGAAUUUGUUGAAGCUUCUUUGUUUUUAAAUGUUAUUUAUGGCAACGUUUAAAUGUCAAACUUGAAUUUAUGUUACCAGUCAUAUUGAUUUCAGAAAAGGUGCUGUCGUAUGUUCGUCAUAAUUUUCGUUAAUGAUGCAGAACUGUAGAUCGGUCUGAAAAUGUAUUUGAUCAUAUUGAUUUUUAAAGACAUCAGUUUGCUCUAAAUUCACCUGACAUGAAAAAGUCAAACUGUCUUUUGAGAUAAUACUCAUUUGUUGGUCAUGUGAUUUUAUAUUUAAUGAUCAUGUGACCAUUUAUGUCUAGUCAGUAGUAACAAAAUUGUUUAAUAGUUGUGUUGAGCCACACGAGCAGUAUGGAGGCGUGUUUUUUUCUUUCCACCUCUCCAUCGGCAUAGUGGUGAGUAGAUUAUGAGUGAAUUUUCAUGUUUGGUUAAACUAUCCCUUUAAUCUUUAAAGUGCAGUGGAUAGAAAUCUAUAGUCACAAAACCUCCGAUGCUGGAUAUCCUCUAGAAGUUCUUCUUUGUUGCUGUUAAAAUAAUUGUUCACGUCUAGACUGAAGAUUACAAAUUAUAUAGUUAAUAACUAAAUUCUUUGCAUCAGUUAAAUCUUAUGCUUGUAAAUACACAUGUGCCAGAGUCUCCUGAAACUGAACUUCACAUUCCAGCGCUGCACUUACAAGAAUACAAACAGAGACAUACGAUUAUUUCUACUGUUAAAAUAUUUAUAUGUGGGUUAAACAUACCACGUAUUUCCGUUAACUUCUGUGUUUGUUAGUGUCUAAUCCUUUUUUUUACCUUUUGUACAGUUAUUUUUCAAAUUACUUUUUUUAAUUGUUUUGCAAGGAAUCUUUUUAAAUCUCUAAUUAGCAAUAGUAAAAAGAAAAAUAACACAAUGUUUGUGCGAUUCUGUCUUUUGUUUGUUAUAAAUGCCCUCAAAUAAAUAUGCCAGCUUGAAGGCUA